AAGAGAGGAGAGAAGGUUGGAGCCGUGCAUACCGCGGCACGACUACCCGAGGAUGGAUCAGAAGAGAUAGGAGAUACGGGUAGAAACGGUAGGUGCAACGAGGACGACGAAACGGUGACGAUGGCUUGGUGUGGGCGCGUGUCUGGCAGCUGCCGCUUACAGGUGGUGUGCUUGCUUGGGAACCAACCUCUACGGACCGUUCCCACGGAAGGCCUGUCCCCCACCCUGGGACCCUGACAGCAGCCCCUCACCCCACCCUGCCGAUGGGUCCUUGACUAUAUAAACUACAGCCUCGCCCGAGCCAGCCACCACAAUCACGGUGAUCGUUCACGAAGUUCGAACAGAGGAGACGACGCGUCGUUGAUACGCCAGUUUUUUGUUUUUUUUUCCUGUCUCUCUAUCUCUCUCCUCCCGCCCGAUACGUUUCCCUCGUCGAAUCGAUCGAUCGAACAGUCAUUCGCUGAGAACAACGACCUUAACCCGUUUGCGCGACGGAACAGGAGGCGGAAACGAGUUUCGAGUGUGACCAUCGUCGCGAUCAAGCGUUCGACCGUUUUUUUCGGCAAUCAGUGCGACGACGUUUCGGUUGACCGGUGUGUGAAGCUAACACGUACGGCCGAAAGGGAUUAAUCAUGCAGAUGCACGAGCAGAUUAUGAUGGUCGACGGACAGGAGCAACCGAUCUCCAGGACCUAUCAGUACAGAAAGGUGAUGAAACCGAUGCUAGAACGCAAACGUCGGGCACGAAUCAACCGGUGCUUGGACGAGCUCAAAGACUUGAUGGUGACGGCCUUAGCCGGUGACGGCGAGAACGUGGCGAAGCUGGAAAAAGCCGACAUUCUGGAAUUAACGGUGCGUCAUCUUCACAAGUUGCAGAGGCAACAGCGUCUCUCCGCGAACCCGGUGAUCGACGCGGAUCGAUUCAGAGCCGGGUACACGCACUGUGCCAACGAGGUUAGCCGAUGCCUGGCCGCCACUCCCGGCGUCGACGUCGCCCUAGGGACGAAACUGAUGACCCAUCUGGGUCACAAAUUAAAUUCGAUGGACAAGACUGGACCCCUGACGAUCCACGUGGCCGCGCCGCAGUCGUCCCCGUCGUCGAGCAGCGAGCUCAGCUCCGACGAUUACUCGAUGCCCCUCACUCCGGCUUCCAGCCAGCCAUCGCCGCCGGUCAGAACGGACGUCGAAGGUAUCUCGCAGAGUCACCAAGGCCUCCUGCAAGUCGCCAAACCGAACGAGCUGAUCUGGAGACCGUGGUAAACGAGACGGAAGAUCAACGAACCCUGGACGGGCACACUCGGUUAUAUCGAGUUUUCGACGAAUGAAUAAGAAUGAAUAAGAAUGAAUAAGAAUCCACGAAAGAGGAGAAACGAAACCUCCGUGGCUGGAUCUUAGAGAGAAGGAGAGAACAGUUCACGCGAAGAACCAUUACCGGUGUUGCAAUUUUGUCUGUGAUUUGAGCGAAUAAUUCGCGUGCCUUCGAAGCAGAUCGUGACAAGAAUCAAAGGAAACUUCGGUCUCUCUACGCGGAACGAUCCCUUUUCUCUUGGAAAUUCGAGACGACGAGGACGACUGCUUACUCCCGUCGAUACGUCCUUUUAAGAAGUCGAUGUGCAAAUAUCCGAUUUACCGAAGAGUCGAAGAUUUACAGAAGACGAAGAAGACAACGAAGAAGAGGGAAUAGACUUAAGGUUUAUACUAUUUGCUCAAGACACUUGGGAGUGUGAAUAUAUGUUGAAGCAAGUUCAUCUUUGUAGUAUCGCCCUACGGACAAAUUUUGUAUAUUUGACAUAACGUAAAAGUUGAUACAGCUAGGAUCUCGAUGUAACGAUACGCCCGCACGAUCGCGGCUCGAGCUUUAAUUUACUUGACAGUUAGAGUUUUCUAUUGUUUAUUUCAUACUUUUAUCAAGAAUAUUUUUUAUUUUGUCCAUUUUAGCGCGGGAACCAUAGCGUAGACACAUGAGACACACCGAUUCUGCAUUUCUUGCGUCGAGUGUCACGAUUUUCGCGGCUGGAUCGGUGUGAGAAUCAUUUGAUCUCGCGCUAAAAACGUUGUUAUAUGUACGUAUCUCCUCGGCCGAUUGUAUUAAUUUUCAUAUUUGAUGAUCAUUUUGGAAAUUUUGUACUCUUGUUGAGAUAAUUGCCGUAAUAGCGAAAGGAAGUGGCCGAACGGAGGGGAUCUUGUGAUACAGAAACAUGUACCUGUGAUAUUUACUGCAAAUGUAGAGAAAUACUAGAUUUUUAAUAAAUAUGUUUCACUGA